CAUCGAGACAUCUAUCAACCACAACCAUGACAACGACAGCAGACUCAGUACCGGUGGAUCUGGUUCACAAAUCGGCCAAACGUACCAGAGAGAUAUUCGCCGCCGACUUUGGCGCACCCUCGGCGCUGGACAACUUCCCUCGACCUGCCAUCGCUCCACCAGUCGCGUCGCCCGCAGAACGCGCCCAGAAGAUCGCCCUGAGAUCACGAAUCGAUAAAGAAUAUGCCGACGUAAAAGAACUACCUCCGGCCCUUGCGGCAAAGCAGAAUGCUGCCGUAUCACGGUCGACUCUUAGAAAGAAGCCCAAGACCGAGGAGCAGGCAUCAAAUCCCAAAAUGGCAAAAAUGAUUGAGGGCGUCUCUGCGCAAACACCAUCGAGCACUGCUGGAACUUCAAAUGCCCUUGCCUUGCGCGCCAAUGGUGCUGGAAAGCUGCCUCCUAAUGCGAACGGGCCUACACCACAAAGGGAUCUGCCUGGCUCUAGCAUGGUGCGAAGAGAUGUUGUAAGACAGCCACGCCCGGAGUGGAAGGCUCCCUGGAAGCUCAUGCGUGUCAUCUCUGGACACUUGGGAUGGGUUCGCGCUCUCGCUGUCGAGCCUGGAAACCAGUACUUCGCUUCUGGAUCAGGCGAUCGCACAAUCAAGAUCUGGGAUCUAGCUUCUGGCACUCUGAAACUCACCUUGACUGGCCACAUCUCCACCGUACGCGGUCUUGCUUUCAGUCCAAGACACCCGUACCUAUUCUCGUGCGCCGAGGACAAGAAAGUAAAAUGCUGGGAUCUAGAGACCAACAAGGUCAUCCGCGAUUAUCAUGGUCAUUUGAGUGGUGUCUACACCUUGAGUCUACAUCCUACGCUCGAUGUCCUCUGUACCGGAGGUAGAGAUGGCGUGGUCCGCGUUUGGGAUAUGCGAACAAGAUCCAACAUCCACGUGCUCAGUGGUCACAAGCAAACUGUCUCCGAUAUCGUGACCCAGGAAGCUGACCCACAGAUUAUAUCGUCUUCACUGGAUAGCACUGUUCGUAUGUACGAUCUUGCAGCCGGAAAGACUAUGGGCGUCUUGACACAUCACAAGAAGGGUGUUAGAGCACUCUGCACAGCACCUCACGAGUUCACAUUCGCUUCUGCUUCAACUGGUCAGGUUAAGCAGUGGAAAUGCCCGGAAGGUGCUUUCAUGCAGAACUUCGACGGCCACAACGCCAUCAUCAAUACCUUGUCGGUCAAUGAGGACAACGUCUUGUUUUCUGGUGGUGACAAUGGCUCGGCUGCAUUCUUCGAUUGGAAGACUGGCUAUAAAUAUCAAUCACUUGACUCGAUUGCUCAGCCUGGUAGUCUGGACGCCGAGGCUGGUAUCAUGAGCAGUACAUUUGACAAAACUGGGUUGCGAUUGUUAUCUGGAGAAGCCGAUAAGACCAUCAAGGUAUGGCGUGAAGACGAAAACGCUACCCCUGAAACACACCCGCUUGAAUGGAAACCCACGCUAGGAAGACAAAAGUUCUAAAGAACUCAGGAGAAUCAAGUAGAAUGGCGAG